ACAAAGCAGAGCAGUGAUGGACAACUGCUAUCUCAUUCUACACCAUCUAUCUUCCUACUCAUUACAGCUUACAAAAAAAGAAAACAUUCGAAGUUAUUACAUUGUCAAAUUGCCUAUAUUUCUAGGGAUACAAAUUGAGUUUUUGAAGUACAGGCAACCACUUGGCCUUUUGCUGGCCUUGGAUAUGAAUAUGCAUCACGACUUCCCUCAAGAUCUUAAUAUGUAUAAGAAGCACCAAGUUGAUGGUGAUGAGGAUGCAUCAGUAGUGGAAGUUCCGAUAUAUUUUAUGGCACCUGAAGAAUCAAAAGUUGAUGUUUUGGAGAAUGAGAAGAGUAAGGAUAAGGUUGCAGAGAUGAUACCAAAAAAUAUGCAUUAUCUGCAUAUACAUACUUUUGAACAGAGAAGGCAAAACUGGAUCAUCAAGAAUAAGUCUCGUCUAGAUGGAUCAACAAUCGAUUACAUAAGUUUUGUUUGA